AUGUCCACCGACCAUUUAAACAUUGAAGUUAUGUUGCAUCCGGUUCCAGAACGCCUGACUCCGUCAACUCCAACGCCUUAUGUCAACUCGAUGGAACAAUAUCAAAAGUUGUAUAAAGAGAGCAUCACGCACCCGACCCUUUUCUGGGGAAAACUCGCCAAGGACAUGCUUCAUUGGCAUAAACCUUUUGAAACUGUCGUUUCUGGUGGUUUCUUGGAAGGUGAUGUCACUUGGUUUGCUGAGGGAGAAUUGAAUGCUACUUAUAACUGCGUGGAUCGUCAUGCAAAAGAAAAUCCUGAUAAAAUUGCAAUUAUCUAUGAAGCUGAUGAACCAGAUCAGUCUCGAUAUAUUUCAUACGGAGUACUAUUACGUGACGUCUGUCGUUUAGCCAAUACCUUAAAAAGCCUUGGCCUAAAAAAAGGUGAUACAGUGGCAAUUUAUCUCCCAAUGGUACCUGAAGCGGUGGUUGCUUUCUUGGCAUGUGCAAGACUCGGUAUAAUACAUUCCGUUGUGUUUGCCGGAUUCUCUGCGGAAGCGUUGCGUGAUCGAAUUCAGGACGCAAGCAGUAGAUUGGUGAUCACCGCUGACGAGGGUCGUCGUGGCGGUAAAACGAUUCACACGAAAAAAAUUGUAGAUACUGCGGUGAAAGAAUGUCCGACCGUCGAACAUGUGCUCGUUUUUCGUCGUACCGGGAGUGAAAUACCAUUUAAAGCACCAUAUGACUUAUGGUGGCAUGAAGAACUUGAAAAGCAUCGGCCCUAUUGUGUUCCUGAGGUUAUGAAUUCAGAAGAUCCACUUUUCUUGUUAUACACUUCGGGUUCAACCGGGAAACCAAAAGGUAUCUUGCAUACAACUGCUGGAUAUUUGUUGGGUGCCGCGGCAACCUUUAAAUACGUAUUCGAUUAUCAUCCUAACGAUAUAUUUGGAUGUAUGGCUGAUAUCGGAUGGAUUACUGGACACACUUAUAUCGUGUAUGGUCCAUUGUGUAAUGGCGCUACGACAGUCCUAUUCGAAUCAACGCCAGUUUAUCCGACUCCAAGUCGUUAUUGGCAAAUUGUGGAUAAACAUAAAAUCACGCAAUUCUAUACUGCACCAACUGCAAUUCGUCUUUUACGUAGACAUGGUCGCGAGCAUGUUGAAGGUUAUGAUCUAUCAAGUCUGCGAGUAAUUGGCACAGUUGGUGAACCAAUUAAUCCGGAAGCUUGGGAAUGGUAUUAUGAAGUAGUGGGCAAAAAGAAAUGUGCUAUUGUAGAUACAUAUUGGCAGACUGAAACUGGUGCAGCUAUAAUUUCUCCUUUACCUGGUGCUAUUCCGACUAAACCUGGAUCUGCCACGUUACCCUUCUUUGGUAUUGAACCUGUGGUGCUCGAUCCAAUCACCGGUCAAGAAUUAAAAAGUAAUAACGUAGAAGGUGUAUUAGCCGUAAAAAAACCAUGGCCGUCAUUGGCACGUACUAUCUACAAUAAUCAUCAUCGAUAUCUUGACACUUAUCUAAGCCAAUACAAAGGAUAUUACUUUACUGGAGAUAGCGUAGGAAGAGACAAAGAUGGAUAUUAUUGGAUUAGAGGUCGAGUAGAUGACGUGAUAAAUGUAGCCGGCCACCGUCUAUCAACAGCUGAAAUCGAAUCCGCGUUAAUUACUCACGAAUCAGUUGCUGAGGCGGCUGUGAUUGGUGUUAAAGAUGAUCUCACUACUAAUGCUAUACACGCUUUUACCACCCUAAAACCAAGAUUCGCUGAUACAACCGACGAGAAAGAUUUGAUCUUGCAAGUGCGAAAAGUGAUUGGUCCAUUCGCCGCCCCCAAAAAGAUUUAUAUCGUAAAUGAUUUACCUAAAACUCGUAGUGGUAAAAUAAUGCGAAGAAUUUUACGAAAAAUCUCGGAAAAAGAAGAGGAUCAGUUGGGUGAUUUGUCUACUUUAUCUGAUCCUUCAAUAAUUCCGACGUUGAUUGAGAAAGUUCGUAAUUCUUAA